CUCCUGUCAAAUAACAAAAUUUUUUGUCUACAUAUUUUUAAAAGAUUUUUCUUAGUUUAAAUUAGUCUCAUUUUUUAAUUUGUAUUUUGGAUAUUGGACCAGAUUGUAUGUUAGAUUUUAUUCACGACAACUAUCCGUUUCUUAAUAUUUUGAUAGAUAUUAGACCAUAGUAUUGGUGAUUACUCGCAUCAACAAAUAAACGGAGUGGAAGUAAUAUACUCUUAUCAACCAUGUCUACGGAUGCCCAUAGAAAGUGUGCUAAAUGUGGAGCAACUGCUUUUCAGGAUGGAGUAACGUCAUUACAUCGGUUUCCUAAACUUGGAAAAACAAAUAUUAAGCGAGCAAGAGCUUGGGCUCAAUUUUGUUGGCCAGAACAAGACUGGACAUCAUUGGCUGCUUUAACCCGACUUUAUAAAAGUAAUAAAGUGUUAUGCAAAAGGCAUUUUAAAGACAUAUGUUUUACUGAUAAUACCAAGAGUCAAUUGGGAAGAUUUUCAGUACCUACUGAAAGUAGAGAUGCAGUCAGUUUUCAACCAUCUAUUAAUAAAUCAUCAUCUAUAACUUUAGCAACAACUAUGUUACGUUGUCCGACACUUGAACAGAGCUCAUCUGAGCCAAAUAUUACAGUUGAUAGACAGACAAAUAAUUCCGAUAAUGAAUUACAGUGUAUUACGUCACAUGCCGAAGGUAAAUGUUCGGACUCAAGAUCAGAUCUAGACAAUGAUUUAUUAGCUUUUAUGUCAGAAAUAAAAAGUAUAAUCUCAGAUUUUAAAGACCAACAGAAUGAAAAUAUGGUAAAGAUUUUUGAAACUGUGGAAAAAAUCAAGAUGCAAAAUAUUGAUAUACAAACGUCUACAACUUUCUUAUCACAAAAUUAUCAAAGUUUAAAAAAUCAAAUUGACAAACUGCAGGCAGACUGUAACAGUAAUUUGAUACAUAUAUGAGAAUUAGAGGAUAAAAAUGUAGAACUAGAGCUACUUGGGUAAAAAUUAGAAACAUUCCUGUACAGAGACUGGAAUCUAAAGACAAUUUAUUGAACACAGCAAUAAAAACUGGGACUAUAAUUAAUGUUCAUAUCCAGCCACAUAUGCUGUAAAGAAUAUUUUUCUUAACAGUAAUUAGCUGGAUACCACACAAUUUCAUCUUGGCUCCAUUUAUUAUUUGAUGACCUCAUGAUGUACUCAUUCUAUGAUAUGAUGUAUGUAUAAUAGUAAUUUUUAUGGCAUCAGAACCCACGGACAAUAAAUAAAUAAAAUGAAAUAUAUAUAAAUAAUAAAAUGUUAAAUAAGAAAAGCUGAAGAAAGUGGCUUAAAAAUAAUGCAUUAUUUAAUCUUUGUCAAGUGGACUUUGAUUUUUUAUUAAUUAUAUUGAAAAUAAAACUUAUAUAAUGAUUUCAACUUUUCAUACUUGUAUAAAAAUGUUCACUGUAGUUAAAAACAGAGAGUUUAGCAAAAAAGAAACAGCAAAAAGUUACACUAAGAAAUAAAUAAUCUUUGUAUUCAUAUUGGUAUAUGGGUAUAAUAUAUAUUUUUACAGGAUUUUA